CUCUAAUGUUAAUUUUGGUCAUGGCUUGUCAUUAAAAACGAAGAAAAUUUGACGGUCGUCGUGGGAGAAGUCAACACUGCUGGACUGUGAGUCAAUCUGACACUGCCAGAAUUUCAUCAGAACGUUCCUCUUAUUUUCCUGGAACAGCAGCACACACAUCCAGCAGAGAGGAUCAGUGUGUUCAGUCAUGGACAGGAGUGUGUUUGUGCUGCUGCUGCUGUCAGGACUCUUCUGGAGCAGUUCUGCUCUUUCUCGUCAGUAUCACUAUAUAAAUGUGAGAAUGUCGUGGCCAGAGGCUCAGAGUUACUGCAGAGAGAAGUACACUGACCUGGCUACUGUAGACACCAUGGAUGAUGUGAACCGGCUGGUGAAUAUAGUGGAUGCUGGAUACAGUGGAUCAGUGUGGAUUGGACUGAAGAGAGGGACACAGAAACGCUGGGCUUGGUCUAAUGGAGAAAACACACUCACACAGUACAGUGCUUGGUAUGCUGGAGAACCAAAGAAUGAAAACAAAUGUGGCUUUAUAGCUAAUGGAGUUUGGAAAAGUUACUCAUGCUCAGCUCAGUUUUUCUUUAUGUGCUACAGUGAAAGUGAAUAUAUCAGGGUACAGACUUCUAAGAACUGGACCGAUGCUCAGAGCUACUGCAGACAGCGUCACACAGAUCUGCCCACUAUCGACAACUCUGAGGAACAGAAUAAGAUAAAGAGUAUUAUUCCAUCGGGAUCGUCGGUCUGGAUUGGUCUGUUCCAGGACUCUUGGGAAUGGUCUGAUAAAUGGAGCCGCUUCUUUAGAAACUGGGCAGCAGGACAACCAUCCCAGACUUCAGGAUCUGGAGACUGUGUCGGCAUGUCGACAACUGAUACUGGGAAAUGGGCUCAUGAAAACUGUGAUCUACAGCGUCCUUUUAUCUGCCAUGGAGAGGGCGAGAUCAUCAAAAAGCAGAUCGUCAGACUGAAAUUGUCCUGUAAUGGAGAAUGCACGUUGAAUGAUCCUUCACGUCAGACUGCCAUUCUGAAUGAGAUAAGUGAAAAACUAAAGAGCAUGAGGCUGGAAAGUGACAGCAAAAUAAGCUGGAGAAAAGGGGAAGGUGAAGAGGUGUUUCAUCAGGAGAGCAAUUUCAAAUAAUACAUUUACAUGUAUUCAUUU